CUCGACUUGGCGCGAUUCAUUCCGAGUUGGACUGCCGGCGCGCUCGGUCGUUAAUAUCGCACAGGAACGUCCAAGUCACGCGUUUACGCUUACCGGGAAUAAUGUAAUGUUUCAUCGGGCUUCGGUGACGUGUGCGGUGUUACAGAUUAAAUUAUAGUAAUUUUCGUUAGAUCCUAACACAAAGGGAAUACCAAGGCUUUCCAAAGGGGCUUUUCGUAACGUUCGUUCGACAGUUUCGCGAGUGCAUCUUUAAAUUGAUUAAUUCUAUUGCCCCUGUCAGUUUAAUAGUCACUGAUUUCACCGUACGUAUAUUCUGUAUCGAAAUAACGUGACAUCGACGUUUUACCAACGUCUUUAUACCAGUGAUGAGUGUGUUGAUACGUUGAAGACUCCUGAAAAAUUGGAUGCGGAUUCGUGGAAGCUCAUCGUGUUUAUGCGACUCGUUCAAACCCGUAAUAAGGGCGGAGAUCGACUCGAGGAUCAGGGAAUCGUGUUCCAUGCCGCAUCCCUCUAAAGGGAACCAACGACUCGAUAGAUCGGCGAUAGCAAUGCGAUGCCGACUUUAGGGAAAAUUUUAAUGAGCGGCUGUGACGCCCGAGACGUCAAAACCCUCGUUUUCAACUAAUACUCGCCGCAACGAGCAUCGCAAGAAAAAAGUGCGUGAGCCGAUGUCCUGCCGGUGGCGCUGAGAAUCGCCACCAGUCACCAGCCAAAACACGGUGGUAUAGCUCAGAUCACAAUGACGAUGGACGUGAGCAAAUCAGAGACUAGUAACAAUGGCUCCAGUCAGCAGGAGUGCGCGGGUUGCGGGAAGGCCAUUACCGAAAGGUAUCUACUGAAAGCCCUGGAUCUCUACUGGCACGAAGAUUGCCUAAAGUGCGGCUGCUGUGACUGUCGAUUAGGCGAAGUCGGAUCGACCCUCUACACAAAAGCCAAUUUAAUCCUAUGCAAAAGGGAUUAUUUGAGGCUCUUUGGCAGUACAGGACUCUGCGCAGCAUGUCGCAAAAUCAUUCCAGCAUUCGAGAUGGUCAUGAGAGCAAGAGCGAACGUCUAUCACUUGGAAUGUUUUGCGUGUCAGCAGUGCAACCAUCGUUUCUGCGUGGGCGACAGAUUCUACCUGUGCGAGAAUAAGAUUCUCUGCGAAUACGAUUACGAGGAAAGGUUGGUAUUCGCUAAUAUGGCGUUACAUCCCCCUGCCUCGUUGGCGCAUAUCAAGAGACAGCUCCCACCGACGCCCACGCCACCAGGACAGAAUAUGCACCCUAAUCAUAAUCCUCUGCAACAUCCGCAUCAGCAGGCGCAACCCCUGGGACAGAAUAUUGGACAGCAGCACAAUCACGUGUCGAAUGGUCAGAUGUCUGGGGGCACGCCAACGAUGAACGGCACCAUAGGAUCCGGUCCACGUGGUCCAGGUGGUCCAGGUGACAUGAACAACAAUGGUCUUUCCGGUCCUGGGAUUGGCUCUGUUAAACCACCCCCUAUGCCAAUGCCGGCACCCACGAGCUGAGACGAGGCCCCGCCACCCCUGAAGAAGCUCAGAUGUCUGGAUGGAUACUAGAAGCGCGUUCCCUGUCUUUGUCUUCUUCAUGUUGUUCCAUCCACCCCCGGCUGACGGAAUUACGGGGGGCGGGUGGUGAUUGGAGGUUUUUGAAAAAUCUUGAAGACCCAGAUCUAUCUACGUAUAAUGAUCAAGAGGAUUCCUGUGAGUGACUUGGUCCCUCUUGGGCUCUUAUGGAAGUAUCUUGUGUCGCGCAUGAAGAGGAAGCAUCGUGGAGCCAUUUCUUAUGGUUCGAGUGAUCAGCGUCUGUCCGAGGUGUAGCCGUAGGAAAUACGUUGUAUAAUAUGGUACGAUAUGUACGUGGUAAACGAAGGGGGAAAAAAAUGAAGUUUAUGUAAAAUAUUUCUUGCGUAGGGGGUUGACGCAUCAAGCGGGAGUAUGGGACUGUGUGGAUAUAAGGGAUGAGAAUGUUGACGUGUGAUUUUCCUUCUGAAUGGGUGAACUGGCGCGAGUGAGACACUAGCUUAUAACAGGAGGAAUCAAUUGAACGAAGACGAAGUUGUAAAUAUCUGUGCUAGAAUUUAAUUGUAAAACUACUGAGUAUACGGUGAUUCUUUAUUUUAAAUGCGGUACAUUCGCUUUUUUUCUUCUUUAACUCUUGUAUCUCGAACGCACUGCGUAAACAGCGUGCCAUGACGUGCAAUUCUGUCCCACUCGCAGAAUGCUUAUUCAUUAUUAAUAUUCGUUUUGUUACGUUGUAAGGUGUCGGAUGGAUGGGUGAACUAGAGUCCACUUUUUAUUCAGACGGAGCGUUGGAAUUGUUUUUCUUGUUUUCUUUGGAUCGGCGCGAGGAGACGCAGUCGGCGAGAGAUUGAGGAGCGAUAAGAAUUUGAAGGGAAAAAAAAAAUUGUGGCAAGUGGGUUUCAUACAGCUAAUACCAAAGAUUAUAAUUUAAGGAUUUUUAAAGAUGUCCCUCUGAUACGGAAUUCUAAAAUCCAUGUCAUCCCUUCUCUCGGCAGUUUCGAGGUAAGGGAUGUGAGACUGUGUCUGUCUUUUUAAUUCUUGGUGAAUUCGUUGCUUUCUGUGAAUUUUACUUGGUAUUUUCAUAGAAGCACGACUUUUUUUUUCGCGAGGGGCUUAGUCAUAGCUUUAUAUUAAAAAACCAAAAGAGAAAUACCUAUACCAAAAAAAGAAAAGCUAACACGACUUUACACAACACAUACGCUCAUACAAUGAAACACACAUUACACUCACGAGAAUGCAAGUUGCAUUGUAUCGUAUUUGGAAAACGAUGAAAGGUAGGGGACGACGAGUUGAAAAGAAAGAAAAACAAAUAAUACGAAACUCAAAGACACUGUAACGAUAGGAGGGAAAUUUUUGGUCUAAACAAAUACGUUUUCUAAAGACACGAACGAAUUGUAUAUUACAUCGCUGUAUGAUUAAGUACAAAUAUUAUUAUAUUGUAUAAAAGGAA